UGCCCCGCCCGGCACUGCCGCCGCCAGCGCGCUCCGGGGGGAGGGGGGCGGCGCGGGCUGGACGGAGUCGCAGCAGCCGCUACCCGGGCCGCAGCCGCGCAGACACCGCCCGCGACGCAGCCGCCCGCCGCUCCUCUGCCGCUUGGCUCCGAGCCCCAGCCCAGCUCUGCCGCAGCGGCCGCGAGGAGGGGCCGCCCGAGCGCCACUCGGGAGCACGGGUCACCGCCCGGCCGCCGCAGCCACCGCCAGGCCUCCGCGCGCGGCGCCCAAGCUCUCACCCCGGCGCUCGGACCCUCCGCCCACCGCGCAGCCACCUGCUCCGGGCCCGGGGCCAGGACACGAUGCGUUCCGCGCUGGCCCUCUCGGCGCUGCUGCUGCUGCUGCCUCCGCUGCCGUCGCUCUCCCUGGAUGGCACCGCGACCACAGCCACAUCUACAGCCACAGGCAAGCCAAGCACGGUUCCAGCCACAGUCACACAAAGCGCAGCUGUAGCACCGGGAGAUCAGGGCACAUCACCCAGUGGCUCAGGGGUGGCUCCAGCCCCAGCCACGCAAAGCACAACGACAGCAUCCAGUGGCGGAGAUACGAAAGCAGACUCAGGCGGCACUACCACCCCUGCGGGUGGCCCAAAGCAAGGUUCAGGCCAGACUAUCCCAACGGCUGCCCCAACGACGAAGCCCAAGACAGAACCCACAAGCAUCCAGAAUGAAAUGAAAACUACAACUCAAGCUGGGGCCCCAAGUAGUGUUACUACAAACAUCAUGGCCACGAAGAAAGGACUUCAGGCGACCACUCAACCUGCACAUGUGGUUAACACCCCAGGUCCCACUUCUGCUGGCCCUUCCUUGACCACCUCAAGCACUCGACCACCGACCCCGGGCCCUGGGGCUCAGAGUCCCCCAGGGAGCUCUCCUGAGGGGCCAAACAAAAUGACGAUGGCUUCCGGUAGCCCAGGCACCACACCGAUGGGGGUUGCAGGCACACCUCAGGGGACACCUACCCCACCAGCUCCAUUGGCUACCUCACAAGGAAAACAAACCAUCUCCAGCAAUGUGCCAGCCAUCACGGGGACCCUUUCCUCCGUCGCUGGGCCCUCUACUGGGGCCUCUACGUCUGAGCCCCUGCAGCAGGCAGCAGCUUCAUCAGGACCCGCGGCCACGCCUCCUGGGGGACCCACAGGCUCCAGCACUCCGCUGGCUCCCACUGCCCCCCAAGACUCCAGCAUCCCUUCUUCCCCCUCAGCGCCUGGGAAUGACAGGGUAAAAUGUGAGCCUCCGGAAAGGCUGAAUGAGAAGAUGCUCAUCCUGAACCUCACGAAAACCAGCCUCUGUGCGGGGCACCCCGGCGGCUCUCUGGAUGACAAGCUGAUUACACUUCUGUGCCGAGCAGCAAAGGCCAGCUUCAACCCAAGUCAAGAUCAGUGCCAUAUACGCGUGGUGCCUGCUCUAGAAAUCCAGGCCGUGGCCAUCAAAGAAAUCACCAUCCAGACCAAACUCCUGCCCAAGGACCUCUAUGAGCCGCUGAAAGAAAAAUGGGAUGACCUGAAGGAGGUGGGAGUCAGUGACUUGCAGCUGGGGGGCCAAGGACCCCCGGAAGAGACGGAGGACCGCUUCAGCAUGCCCCUCAUCAUCACCAUCGUCUGCAUGGCCUCCUUCCUGCUCCUCGUGGCAGCCCUGUACGGCUGCUGCCACCAGCGCCUCUCUCAGAGGAAGGACCAGCAACGACUCACAGAGGAGCUGCAGACGGUGGAGAAUGGUUACCAUGACAACCCAACAUUGGAAGUGAUGGAGACCUCAUCAGAGAUGCAGGAGAAAAAGGUGGUCAACCUGAAUGGGGAGCUGGGGGACAGCUGGAUCGUCCCCCUGGACAACCUGAUCAAGGAUGACCUGGACGAGGAGGAGGACACACACCUCUAAUCAGGCCUGCUGGCGCCGCCGACAGGGCACAGAGCUCCAGACUGAACCACCUCAAGUGCCAACUGGACAGGGGAGGAGAGUCCUCCCGACGUGAGGGAAAGACGGGGGUGGGGGGCGAGCAGACUCAAAGGGACCCGCCCUCCAGUCCCCACAGGGCCUUAAUAUUUCCCUUUUCAAGCUGAACAAAUCACAUUCUGUCUAGAUUCCUCUUGUAAAAUAACCCACUAGUGCCUGAGCUCAGUGCUGCUGGAAGAUGAGGAAGAGAAAUAAAAGAAAGAGCCAUAUGAGGGACCUUAGGGAUCAUCUGGUAGAAUCCCUUCGUUUCGCAGACGAGAUGACCGAGGCCUACGGAGGGUAAGGUCAAGGUCACACAGCCACUUGGUGACAGAGUCAGGAUGAAAACAGACUCCGUCAGCCCAGUGCUCAUCCCCACCUUGCCACGUGCUGGGAUCACCGUCGUCCUCCCUCCAGAGCUGCCCUGGGCAGGGGUGAGGCUGCAGCCUACGGAUGGGGCAGAAGGGAGAGCGGGGCCAGGCCCUGUCUCAGUGGGAUCUGAUUACUUGAAAGUCGGGGUCCCCAGUGCAGCGUCCUACCCCAGCCUCGUCUGUCAGUGUUCCCAUCCCCGUUGCUCCUCCCCCUCCCUUCACUCAGUUUUUAUCCCCACUCUGCCUUGGUGCCCUGGGACUCACAAGUCAUUCAUGACCUUGAACCCCUUGCUCUGAAUUCUGGUUUCUUAGCCUUUGCUUAGCAGGUUGGGACAUAACCCACCCAGGACUCCCAGUGUGAACGAGGUCUGCUAAGGGGUCUGUCUACAGUGAGCAGCAGGGGAAGCCCUUCCUCCCGGGGUGGCUCCACUGUGUUCCUUUGGCCUCCCGUGUCCACCGGGAACUUCGAUCUACAGCAGCGACUGAAGGCAAAGUGUUCGUAGUUUGUUGUUUACUGCUCAUCAGAUGGGGUGAGACCCAAGCUAGGGACCCCCUUCCCCCGAGAUCCAGUGUGAAUGAGCAGUUUCAGGAAGGACCUCCCGGGUCCCCAGCCAGCGGAGAGGUGUCCUCAAGAGACAGUCGGGUGAAACAGCCAGGAGGAUGGGCUUACUCUCUCUGUCAUAGGAAACUCAGGGACUUUGCAAGUUGCUGAGCGUUUUGUUAUUUUGAUGUGUCCGUUGGUUUGAUUUUCAGUCCAGCCCUCUACUGCCCAAGGCCAAAGCUCAAUUUAUAGGGAGGCUCUCGGGCAGGUAAUCUCACCGAUUGGGAGUCUCCUGAGCCCCAGGGAAUGUGCGGUGUGCGUUUUAAGGCGCGCACGGGGCAGCCUGGGGGACCGGGCGUCUGUCUCUUCCCAGUGGCCUUGCUGUUCUGCCUAGGAACCGUGUCCUAGGGGGCUGCCCAGUUGUCCUGAGUUUCUGGCGGCAUCUCAGGGAAACUAAAUAUUUCUCAGUGGAGGGAUGUUGGGGGAGCUCAGCAGUUAGGGCCAUGGAGACAGCGCCUGAGGACUGGGCAGAGUGAGGCUUAAUCUGACUUUCCGAGAAGAGAGAAUCCUGUGUGGAGUUUUGAACGUUGCCCAAGGUUUCUUGUUCCUGGGUCUCAAUUCCCUGGAACCAGCCAGGAAGAUGGGCAGCACUGCUCAGGAGAAUGAGAAAAAGCCAGGACUCCAGAACCUAGAGGCAGGCCCUGCCAUGGCUCUGAUGAAGUCGGCUCUCUGCUUUGGGCUAGGUUCUUUGUUUUAAAGGGUUAGAGCUGAGGGGGAAGCUCUAUGUCCUUCCCUGGCUGCCCGAUUCCUUCGUCAUAGCCUUUAGCCCAUUGGCCUUGGGGUUCAAGUUGGGGCCCCAAUGGCUUUCCCAAGAGCUAGAGAGAUUCGAGGCCAACAAGGAUCCCAAAUCAUCUGCCCUGAUCCUCUAGUGUGUGGAGUUGGCAGGAGGGAGAACGAUGCCGGUUUGGGGAAAAGAGGAAAUCUUGUUAUGCUGGGAAGAGACGUUUGCUUCCUUUCUGCCCCGUGUUUGGUUCUUCCUAACUGGUGGGUCUGUCGUGGCCACUGUGGGAGGGGCCAGGAUUCUCCUCCUUUGCCGAUUCUGGGUCGUGUUUCCCCAGCUCGGCCUUCAGAGACAGCAAAUAUGUCUGAAAAUUGGCCCAAGCCGCUCCCCCAAGCCUGGCUGGGUAGGGGGUGGGGAGCGAUGAUGCUUAGCAAAGCUUGGUCCGGAGGAAUGACUGGUUCUGCCCAAGAAGCUGAGAAGCUUUGGGCUGGUCCAGAGGCUCCUUUGUUUGGUGCAUCCAAAGUGUGUUCUCCAGCCUUUGGGGCAACUUCCGAGUCCAGUCCCUGGCCUUGGCUUGCUCUUGCCACUAGACAUCUAUGUCAAGGCCGCACGGCCACGCACCCGUAAAGGCCUUCCCGUCUCCUUCCUGGGUUCUAACUGCUGUGGGGAAGCCAGGUCCUGGGCUGAGGAGAGGAGCCCGCCAGGAACACAGCUGACUGUAAGCAGGUGGUACCCACAGAGAGGUUAUACACCCUUUCCUGCUGUGACACACUGGCUCCCCUGAGCCGCGUAAAAGGCCAGAAGCCGUGAAUCUGACGAUUGGACAAACCCUGUGGGAAGUGUGCUGCCAUGAAAGCGAGAGAAGCGGCAAAGCUUUGGAAGGACGAACAGAAUAUUCUGGAAUCGUGAGAGAGAAUACGGGUUUAAUCUAGACAGAUUUCUUUCCCCCCCCCUCUUGCCGUAAAAGCUAGCAGAAAGUUUAUUUAAACUACUUUUGAGCUUUAUCCUUUUGGACAAUAUGCUGGAGAAACUUUGAAAAACGAGUUCAAGCUGAUACAUCUAUAGAUAUUUCGGUAAUGUAUAUAAAACGGCCACGUUAACUCACCCAGCACGGCUUUAAGUGAGUAUUCUCUGGAAAAACAUUUGUAAGAGAGUUGGCUUUUUUCUCUGAACAGGAAUGUGAACGUCUGUUUUACUAGAAAUGAUGUCUCUUGAAUGAAAAUGAAAUAGAAGACAGGCUGAUGACACAGUGUUUGUCUGGCAUUGGGCAUUUUCAUUUGAAACUCGAUCCUCACACUCCCCACAGAGUCCAGCCUGUACAGUGAGGGCUACCCUGGCUGGAAAGUGACACACCAGUCACAGGAAGGGGGUUGUAGAGACCUAGUCCAAUCUUCUUGUUUUUUUUUUGUUUUUUU